CAAACUUACAAUCUUCAUUUCCCUCUCUCUCUCUCUCUCUCUCUCUCUGCAAAUGGGAAGAAGAACUGUUCCCACUCCUUCAAUGGCUGCCAAUUCCAUUACCUUCUUCUUCUUGUUCCUCCUCCUCCUAUUCCCCUUCUUCACUCCCUUCCUCCAUGCCUCUCCAAUCAACACCAUUGUCGUUCUUGUCAUGGAGAAUCGCUCCUUCGACCACAUGCUUGGCUGGAUGAAGCAACUCAAUCCCGAAAUCAAUGGUGUCAAUGGCUCUGAAUCCAAUCUCCUCUCCACCACCGAUCCAAAUUCCAAGCGCUUCUUCUUCCAGGAUCAGUCUCACUAUGUCGACCCCGACCCUGGCCACUCCUUUCAAGCCAUUCGAGAACAGAUUUUCGGCUCUGAUAACACCUCCGCCAAUCCUCCCCCUAUGAACGGUUUCGCUCAACAGGCUUUCUCCAUGGAUAAUACCUCCGCCAUGUCUCGCGAUGUCAUGAAUGGAUUUCUCCCCGAUAAGGUCGCUGUCUACAAAACUCUCGUCUCCGAGUUUGCGGUUUUCGACAGGUGGUUUGCGUCGGUACCGUCCUCAACGCAGCCGAAUCGGCUUUAUGUUCAUUCAGCGACCUCCGCUGGAGCUACGAGUAAUAUUCCGGCACUUCUCGCUAAAGGCUAUCCACAGCGAACGAUCUUUGAGAAUCUCGACGAUGCUGGUAUGUCGUUUGGAAUCUACUACCAGAACAUUCCGGCGACGCUGUUCUAUCGGAAUCUACGGAAACUGAAAUACGUGAACAAAUUUCACGAGUUCGAUCUGAACUUCAAGCGGGAUGCAAAGCAGGGGAAAUUGCCGAACUACGUGGUGGUGGAGCAACGGUACAUAGACCUGCCGUUGGAGCCGGCGAACGACGAUCAUCCAUCGCAUGAUGUGUACCAAGGACAGAUGUUCGUUAAGGAGGUUUACGAGACGCUUAGAUCGUCGCCGCAAUGGAAUGAAACUCUGUUCAUUAUCACCUACGAUGAGCAUGGCGGGUUCUUCGACCACGUUCCGACGCCGGUCACCGGUGUCCCUAGCCCCGACGGAAUCGUCGGACCGGAGCCGUUUCUGUUCGGUUUUGAUCGGCUCGGAGUUCGAGUUCCGACUAUCAUGAUCUCGCCGUGGAUAGAGAAGGGCACGGUUGUUCAUGGCCCAAAAGGAUCACCCUUUCAAACAUCAGAGUAUGAACACUCCUCCAUUCCUGCCACUGUCAAGAAGCUCUUCAAUCUUUCAUCUCCCUUCCUCACCAAGAGGGACGAGUGGGCCGGAUCCUUCGAAUUCAUCGUGCAAACCCGCACCGAACCUAGAACCGACUGUCCCGAACAACUCCCAACGCCGGUGAAGAUCCGAGACACCCCGGCGAACGAAAAUGCGAAGCUGACCGAGUUUCAGCAGGAGCUGAUGCAAUUGGCUGCAGUUAUGAAAGGAGAUAAUAUCUUCACUAGUUACCCUGAAGCCAUUGGAAAGGAUAUGAAUGUGAAAGAAGGUAGGCAGUAUAUGAGAGAGGCUGUAAGGAGAUUCUUUGAGGCAGGGCGUUUAGCUAAGAGAAUGGGAGUUAGUGAAGACCAAAUUGUUCAAAUGAGACCAUCUCUUGCUACAAGAUCCUCACUUAAACCUAAACAGUUGCCUUAAUAGACAUGAAAAAGGGAUAAGAAAACUAGGGAAGAGAUUGAAAAAAGGCGAACAUCGACGAUGUCGAAAGCACAUUUGUGUAACUCUUUACAAAGUGUUUGGCUCACAGAAAUAGGUUGGUUUAGAUAAGAGUUGUACUUGAGAAGGUGAGUUUAUGUUUGGUAUGUGAAUUCACUUGUCUUAUGGUAUAGGUUUUUUCGCUUAGUCUAAGAGUAUAUCACACAUAUAUGAAAGAAGAUUGCACAAAUUUAUCAACCACAUACUAUAUAUCUAUUAAUUGAUUGCCCAUUUUGGUUGUU